AUGGCGGAUGCCGCCRAUCAGUGCAAGGUGCCAACUAGCUGGUUGGUAAGGUCUCUUGAUGUUGAGUUGAAGAAGCAAAGCUCAUGUUUGGUUCAACUCGUCAGUAACUCAGAUCAAUGUGUUGCUUUCAAGGUAAAAACUACUUCUCCAAAGAAAUACUGUGUACGACCAAACAUUGGCAUUGUUCAGCCAAGGUCAACUUGUGAUUUCACAGUUACUAUGCAAGCUCAACGUGAAGAGCCACCUGAUCUGCAGUGCAAAGAUAAGUUCCUAAUCCAAAGCAUGGUAGUCCCUCUUGGAACUACUGUAGAGGACAUUACACCCAUCAUGUUCACUAAAGAUAAUGGAAGAUACAUUGAAGAGAMUAAGUUGAGAGUUGUUCUGGUUAGCCCACCACGUUCUCCUGUACUUCUUCCAGUAAAUGGGGCUCUGAAACAGGAACUUAAUAAUGAACCUUCAAUUUUAAAAGGUCAAGUAAUGAGUGGAGAUGAGAACCUACCCCCGCUCUGUAUGGUCCUGGAGGAGGUUAAAUCUACUAAAGGUGUAGAUAUGAAAUCAGCUUGGAAUGUGGAGGAGAUGAAAUUAGCGAAGGAAAUUGGUGAUUUGGAGUUGGGUAAUGCCAUUUUGGAGUUAAACUCAAAGAUAGAUGAAAGGGAAUCAAAGCUAAGGGAGGCAGGUAUUGCUAUUGCAAAGCUAAAAGAAGAGAGGAGCAGGAUAACUCAAGAGUGUGAAGCAUUAUGGCAAGAACUAGCAGUGGUGAAAAAACAGAGUGGUGCUAGAAGAGUUCAGGUCGGGUUCCCCUUUCUGUUUGUUGUUAUGAUGGCACUUGUCAGUGUGGCGCUUGGAUUAUGGUUACGCUCUUAA